CGAACAUCCGGAAGUAGAUGUAAACAGGCUACUGCUCUCGCUCGCUUUCCUGAAGUUUUUGCUUAUGUGCCAGAAAAAAUGGACGACCAAGGAUGUCCCAGGUGCAAAACAACCAAGUACAGAAACCCGUCUCUGAAGCUGAUGGUGAACGUCUGCGGACACACGCUAUGUGAGAACUGUGUGGAGAUGCUGUUUGUGCGGGGAUCAGGGAACUGUGUGCAAUGUGACACGCCCCUGAGGAAAAGCAACUUCCGUGUGCAGCUCUUCGAGGACCCCACGGUGGACAAAGAGGUGGAGAUCCGCAAAAAAGUGCUGAAGAUAUAUAACAAAAGAGAUUUUGACUUUCCCAGCCUGCGAGAAUAUAAUGAUUAUCUGGAGCAAAUAGAGGAUAUAGUGUUCAACCUGACAAAUAAUAUUGAUGUGGAGAACACCAAACAGAGGAUGGAGCAGUACCAGAAGGAGAACAGAGAUAUCAUCCAGAGGAAUAAAGCCAAGCUGACUCGAGAGCAGGAGGAGCUGGAGGAGCUGCUGCUCCUGGAACAACAGGGCAAUGAGCAGCGCAGACUGGAGGCUUUGCAGGAGGAGCAGAGGCAGCUCCAAGCCAAGAGGAAGAACAAGCAGGCUCUGCUGGAUGAGCUGGAACAGUCUCAGCUUCCUGCCACCAUCUUACUGGCCCAGCACAAGGCCCGCGCUGCCCAACUGGAGACAGAGAUCGAGCACCAGAAGCAGAGUGUCAAACCUGCCAGUUUGUUCUCCACUGGGAUCCAACAGAACCAGACAGUGUCUCUUCAGCCUGUGCCCAGGAUUGAAGAAGUGCUGUACCAGUACAGGCCCCUGAAGGUGGACACGUAUGGACCGCCUGUCCCUGAGCUGGAGCAGCUGGGAAGACUGGGGUAUCUGAACCAUGUGCGCGGCGCUCAGCCCCAGGACACAGCCGGAGGGUACACCACAGCGCUAGCAUGUCACCGGGCCAUCCAGGAUGCCUUCAGUGGGCUAUUUUUUCUAUAGACCAUAGAGACCUGCUCAGGAUCUGACCUGGGCACAAAUAGGACUCCUAUCUGAAAAGGUGAUAUUUAAAGUAACGCAACUCAGUUUUUUGAGUUACUGUAUGUACAAAAUGUUUUUAAUACAAAUAAAUUUCUUGUGAAAAGAA